UAGUCCGGCCUCGUUGGUGCGCAACGAGGCGGGAGGGGGCGCGGGCCCGGGCCGGGGAAGGCGCUGUCACAUCAUGGCGGACGAGGGCGACUCUGAGUCGAGGAAGUCCUUUAAACUCCUAGGAUUUCUUGAUGUUAAAAGUGUCCCAUGUGCACGAGAAUCAGUGCUGUAUGGCUCCCUGGGAUCUUUAGUUGUGGGUCUUGGACAUUUUUUAGCAACUAGUAAAGUUAGAAGAUCUUGUGACUUUGCAGUCGGUGGCUUUAUUUGCACGAUGUUAGGAUACUGGUUCUACUGCAGAUACAAUUUGGCCCAACACAGGAUCCGGCAAAGAAUGCUUAAAGAAGGAAUGAGAAACAAAAUUUUAUUUGAAGGCAGUUCUCUUGAUCCAGAAAGAAAACAAACUGGCAAUGAAAGAAGCAAUUCAUAGUCUGCUAUAGAGGAAUCUGUGGUCUAAUACAGCUUUGGGAGAAGGUAGUCCAAAAACGGCAGUCUUCCCUGUAAAUGUGUGAGGUGCCCAAAACUGAUAAAUCAUGCUGGUUUUCCUAGCAAAUCCGUGUAAGAAAUUCAUAGUGAGUCUGUUAAGUCAGUAUACAAGCCUUCCUUUGUUUCAUAUAUGUAUGUAUAUGACUAUGUACACCGUUAGGAAUGACCUUCUGUUAAACAUCUGAGAACUGAUGUGUUCUGUUACAUGGUUUCAGAGGAUUAAUGACAGUGUUUGGGGACUGCUUUAACUUCCGUUAUAAACAGAAUGGUUCGUUUUAGCGAAGUUGUAAUUACAUCUCUCUUAAAUACAGGAAAAUAUUUUAAGUAUUUUCAUCAGCUGUUCUCUGAGUAAAUGUAUCCUUCAGUGCUACUGUUAA